CGCAUCUUAACAUGUAAUGCUAUUCCCUGUAUUCGCUAUCACCUUCAGCCUAUAAUUGCUCUGAAGUGUGGUGGCUUUAGCUGCGCAAGUAAACCUCCGACCAACCUCCAGCCUCACCAACUGCUGCACCCUUCGCCGCGCGACGGCUGGAUCGCAAGCAAAUCGGGAUCAUGGCAAGCUGCAGUGCUUCUGCCAGAUAUUUCUUACAGUCGCUACCUACAGGACUAUCGAGGCCCACAACCAACCGCCGCGUCGCAAUCCGUCGGGCCCAUCGCACCACUGCCGUAUCCCAGAUCAACCCCGCUUUCCAACCCAGUUUCGCAACCAAUGCAUCUCACCAGGAAGCUCCCAGCAGCUAUAAACGAGACCCAGAACUGCAGGCUGCUCUGGACGCUCUGUUCGCAGACAGCAUCCACCGAGGCCGCAGGCGUGUGCCCCAUUCGGAGGUGCAGCCCCACCUGCAGCGCAUCUGCCAGCUUGCAUCCCGAUUGGGACUGGACCGAGUACACCCCGAGUGGAACGAUGGUGCCUUCCAGGGUCUGCUGACCAGCCAGCUGACCGGCAUCACAACCGACAACCGCUGCAGCCUGUCGCGCCUCACCUUCGGGCGGGUGCAGCCGGGGCAGUUGGAGGUGCAGACGGAC